GCAUUUUAGGCUAAAAUACAACUUACAAUUACCACUUUUCUGUGUCAUAACUUGCUAUGUGUACAUCAAAUUUUGAAAUGGAGGCCUACAUAAGAUGGCAGCAAAUUUUACAUCCUGAUGGCCGAUGUUGUGGUUGACGUUCAAUUUUAACAGUGUAGGGAAUGUUUGAGAUAAAGCGAUAAGAUGGCCAGCUCAUCUGACGAAUGGGAAGAAGAGGAGCAAUAUGUAUUAGUUGAACUGCAAGGUCUAAUAGAGACAGAUCAUCUGAAAAAUUGCACCAAAGAAAAUUCAUUUGUCUGGGGUGCAGACACAGAAAGUCCAGUCCUAAAAUUGAAUCAUUAUGUCUUUUCAGGAGAGUAUAAUGAUACUGUGGGAACUGCUGUUUUCUUUGAAGAAAAAGAAAUUGAUGGGAAAAUGAAGCUAAAAUACAAGUGUCACACAACAAGAAAGCUAGAGGCAAUAAGGUCGUGUUUGCAGCCAAAAGAGGAUCAAGCACCAAAUGAGAAUCAACAUGAAGAGCCACAGGAUGUUGACAUGAAAACAACAGAAAAAUGAAUCAAUCAAUCGUUUUCUAAAAAAGGUCAAAAUGUUGUGGUUAUUGUUCAGUUAAGAACCACCAAAAAGUAGCUAAGAAACAAAGACACUACAAAUUGCUAGUGGAUGGAGUAAAAAGUCCUUUUGAGUUAGUGCUUGGUUAAGGGGGCUCUUCAGAAAUCAUUGUCAAAAAGAAUAACAUAAAAACGCUUAUUGGACACUUCCACCUAAACUGUUUUAAAUGAAAACAAAAUAGUACAAAACUGUGGAAAUAAAAUAAAAUGAUAAUAAUUGUUUCUGGUAUAUUAGUGUGAUGUGACUUUCAUUUUUUUAUUUUAUUCUUGGCAAUUUAAAUGGCUUUUCUACACAAUUAUGAAAGACCAAACAUCUCAACAGCAUGCCUUGAAGGGAAAGCCAUAUCAGUAAUUUUUAGUAAAAAAAAUAAUUUUUUCUCACUUAUUGGUACAAAAAAAUGAAUUUUACCUUACUAUAUGCAAAUCUCAAUUGUACAGCACAAUGUUAUAUGCUUAUCUCAUAUAAUGUUGACAUUUCCACAUCUAGAAACCUUGUGUUUUCAAAUAGUUAUUGUUUGAGUGACGAUAUCAUAUUCAGCUUAGGGUAUUACUCCAGUUGAGUGGAUUUUGUUUCAAGAGUUCUCUCUCCUGCCUAUUUUCUUCUUCCUUUUGUCGUCUUCUUUCUUCUGCUCUUUGCUCUAUCAACUAUAAAACAUUAUGAAGAGUAGCAAUUAAGACUAGCAUUUUAUGUGAGCAAAUAUAUUCUGAAGUAAAGGUUUGUGAAAUUCAUUUACUAGAUUUUAAUUUAUAAAGAUAAACCAGUCUCUUGAUUUCCUUCAUACGGUUAACAUCUUUAUUUUAAUUUGAUUUUUAGAUUUUUGGUAACUUUUCAUCUAUUUAAAUUUUUUAACCAUCUACCUUAACUAUUUGCUCAACUCAUUACCAUAGAUGUAUUGGGUACAAUUGCUCAAAUGAGUAAUGGAUACUUUGCAUUUAGUUGAUUCCAAAGCAGGCACUGCACAACCAUUGGGCUAGCAGGGGCUAUAGCCUUCGGCUCUUCUGCAAUAAUAGGUUUACUCUAAUGCAACUUUGGAAAGUCUACACUAAAGGAUCCUUAGAAGGUAGCAGUUCUUCUUGACAGGGAACCCAUUUGUGUUCCUUGGUGUUUUUUGUUGUUUAAUGAUCAGCUUUAUUCUCAAACUUGGUAUUGUGUCUUUAUCGUAAUUGAAUUCUUCUAUGAA